GGGGUGUAGGAAGGAGCUCCAAGGAGCGCAUCGAAGAGGAAGGCAGUAAAGGCGGGGGGUAAGAAAGGCAGCAUGGUGCGGGUGACCCCGUGUGGUUCAGAUGCCAGCCGCGGGUGGAACAUGCCAACGGGCCAGCAGCGACUGGACCCGGCUGCAUAUGCGCAUCUCCCAUCCUAUCUCCAGCCACUUUCGGAUGACGACAUGGUGGACCUGUCCACGGCCGGGCCCUUUUCAUCGCCAUUGGAGCUGGACACCGGCCUCCAUCUCUCAGCAUCUGCAAUAGAGCCGAUGGAGUGCUUCACCUCCCUAUCCAUUGCUACACCAAGGGCUACGCGUACGAACGUCAACACUUCGGCACAUUCCACAGCGUCUACCGCAAGAGGGGGUGGCUUGCAUGGAGGAGGGGUGUGCAUCCGUGUCGGGAGUUCGGCUUUCCGGUCUCUUGGGAGUGGGUCAGCAUCGGUGUUCAACAACGAUGUGCCACGACAGCCGAGCACAACUCCUAUGGAGUCUAGCGGUGGAUCGGAGGGGCCUGCAAUGGGAAGGGGCGAUUAUGUUGUCCCAGACGAUGUGGAAGGGGAUGACGAACCACCUGCAAGCCCAGCUGCACCGGCACAGUCCGCCACUGGGCGUCCUGACGACGUUGGGCAGGAGAGCACGGGGGUUGCAAGAGAGAAAGGUGGUGCAGAUGCUGCGAAGGCGGACGACGGACGGGAUGCAUCGUCAAAAUGCCGCAAACCGUGGGAAAAUAUGUUUAUGUGGUACAAACAUAUUUUAGACAACCAUGAAGACCGUUCGGGUAUGGCGACGUUCUGGAAGUUGACAGCUAAGCAGAGGAGAGACAAGGGUUUCCAAUUCUUCCUAGAUCGUGAGUUAUGGGAUGCCAUUCACGCUGGGCAGGACGACAACCAGACGAUCAACCCCACCAACCUCGCUGACACUGGCAAACGAACUGCUGACAAAGCGGACAGCGAAGGAGAGGACAGAGAAGACAUGAGCACAGAUUAUGCUUCAGCAUCACAGGGGUCACGCCAUGGCAAGAAAAAAAUGGCGCGGGAACAAGCGUUUGCGGUGGUGGGGGAGGUGAUGAAGGAACAUUCUGCCGUUGUGGCGGAGUCCGUGGAACGGGCAAGCAAGCGGCAAUGCGAAAUCAUUGACAGGCAGUGCAACGUGCUGGAACGUGAGCUCGACAUACAUGAGCGGCAACUGCAACUGGCCGAUGUAGGACAGAAGCUCCUAUGCGAUGCACUCAUGAAGAUCGCCGAAGCUCUGUCGAAGCCGUGAUAAGCGCCCCUUCUGACGUGACUCCAAGGGGGAGAAAGAGCACAUUUAGAGAAUCCCAAUCCAAGGAAACACUCUACUCUCCUUCCUCAGCAGCGGCUAACGAUCGGCACACAAGCGUACAAGCAUCCAAUGAAGAUGCAUCCCAUCC